AGGGAAGAGAGACAGCCGGUUUGUCCCCUGGGAUCCCUCAGCCUCCUGGCCCGCACCGUUCGGGUGGGCGCUGCCUACGCGAUCUGCACAUCUGCCUUCCUGCUAUUGCACCCCGUUACCCCGGCGGAGGACACCCGCGGCCGCAGAGCCCGUAGCCCCACUCGCUGCACCCCGCCAUGGAGCUCGGGCUGCGCGGCGCCUGCGGGCCCGCGGAGCCGGGGCCUUGCUUGCACAGCUUGCCCGGCGAGGAGCAGGCAACUUGGGCUCUCUCGCCGGGCGCGGCCGAGGCCGAGCCGGAGCGCCGCGCGCCGGCGGUGGCCGCAGUGUUACCCGCUGGGGGGAGCGGGGAGAGGAUGGGCGUCCCCACCCCGAAGCAGUUCUGCCCCAUCCUGGAGAGGCCGCUCAUCAGCUACACUCUGCAGGCCCUGGAGAGAGUAUGUUGGAUAAAGGACAUUGUUGUGGCAGUAACUGGAGAGAAUAUGGAAGCAAUGAAUACUAUUAUACAGAGAUACCAGCAUAAACGCAUCUCGGUAGUGGAAGCUGGAGUGACUCGUCACAGGUCAAUUUUUAAUGGACUAAAAGCACUGGCCGAGGAUCAGCCCAGCUCCAAGCUCUCAAAGCCAGAAGUAGUGAUUAUCCACGAUGCUGUGAGACCAUUCGUUGAUGAAGAUGUCCUCCUGGAAGUUGUCACAGCUGCUAAGGAACAUGGCGCCGCAGGAGCAAUUCGACCUCUUGUGUCCACUGUCAUUAGUCCCUCUUCUGAUGGCUGCUUGGACCACUCAUUGGAACGUGCAAGACACAGAGCAAGUGAAAUGCCACAGGCUUUUCAGUUUGAUGUGAUCUAUGAAGCUUAUCAGCGGUGCAGUGACUAUGACUUGGAAUUUGGAACUGAGUGUUUGCAACUGGCUCUAAAAUACUGUCACAUUAAAGCCAAACUUGUGGAAGGGUCACCUGAUCUGUGGAAGGUGACCUACAAACGAGAUCUGUAUGCAGCUGAAUCGAUUAUUAAAGAAAAAAUUUCACAACACAUUUGUGUAGUUGUGGACACAAAAGAAAAUGAAGAACAUGUAGGUGGACUCCUUGAAAAAACACUGAAAAAUGAAUUAAAUCAUGUUAAAGUCACAUCUGGAGCUCUGUGUCACAUUGACAGAGAUCUUCAGCAAAACAUCUUACAGCAAUGCUACAGUUUUGUUUGUGUGAAUGUUAUGACCUCUGAUUUCCAAGAAACUCAUAAAUUACUGAAAAUGCUGAAAGAGAGUAAUCUGUCUAGUUUAUAUCCUGUUGUUGUUAUAUCAGUGCAUUUCCUUGAUUAUAAAUCAGAGCCUUUUGGUGAGAAAAUGGAAAACCUAAUGCAGAUUAGGAAAUUUGCAAAGGAAGUGAGAAAAAGAAAUAUUUUACUAUGUGGUCUUCUCAUAUAUUACCCACAGGAUAAACAGAAACUACAAGAAAGUUUAAAGCAAGCAGCCACUAUUAUUGCUUCCUUAAUCAGAGAGAGAAAUUCUGCACUCACUGGUCAACUUCUGGUAGCAUGAAGAAAGUGAAGAAGAUUGCCUCCUAAAUUUUUAGAAAUCUUUACCUAAGUAUCUCUUUUGUGAAUUCGUACCUAUUGUAUGUGGCAGAAUGUUUUUAAGUUUCCUUUUAUGUCUCAUAAUUUGUAGAAUGUGAUGCUGUUAUAAAAGUGAAAGUAUUUAUAUCUGUAUAAUAAAAUAUUUUCGUGCAUGUCUAAUACAAAUUACCUGAAACAGAAAAGAAUAGAUAAGUAGAAAAUGAUUAUCUUCACAUGAAGAAUCUUUUCACAAAGGCACGAAAGGUCAAAUAGAAAUAAUGAGGGGUUAGCUACUCCAUCAGUCAGUGAGAAUUUACGGAAUGUCAACUGUUAUCUCUAUGUUGAUUGUAAAUCACAAUAUAAUGAAGCUAAGAGAUCAUAUUCAGAAUUAAUCUUAAUUUAAAAGUUUUUACCAUUUGAUGUUUUGACUUAUAUUCUAUUUUCCCCCCAUACUUUAAGGCAAAAAGAGAUCGAGGAGAUAACAGCAAAUUCUGGUUUAAAUAUCUUUGCUAGUAUAUCUAUGAGAUAUACUCUUUAUGCUUUUCACUAUUUUAAAAUAGUAUCUUUUUGGCUUAUGAAAUAAUUUUUAGUUAGAUUACUUUAAAAGGUCUCUGAUUUUUCUAAGUUUAAAAGAAGACUGGAAAGCUUCAUAAAAGAGAAUUUAUGUUGAUCAGUCCCAGGUUAGACAAUUUCUAAGAUUAAGAAAGUCUUUUGCUCAUCACAAAUAAUUUAAUGAAUUAUCUUUUGAUGUGAUACUGCUACUGAUUAAUAUCAAGUUCAUAUUUUUAAA